GCUACGAGUUUCUGCCGGUACCUAGAAAAUUUAUUUGCUCGAAAAGUUUGCCCAUUGUUUGGGCAAUCUCUGCUAAUUCGACGGGGCAUCGUCAGCUCCAUCGAAUCUUUACGUAACUUAGUAGACGAAUAUCUUUAUUUUGUCAAGAAAAUCUACGAUUUGAACCCUUUUUUGAACCAUUUUGUGUCGAGUAUGGAAUGCUAAAAGCCAUGUUUACGGAGAUUCAAAGUGCAACGACUUUCAAGUCAUUGGGCUUUCUGGUGUAUGGGAGACGGCAUGCGAAAUAUGGAAGGAGUGAGUCAGUCAAUUCGCCCUUCAAAACAAUCCAACAACUCGCCGACACGUCCACGGCAAGGUAAUAAUUCAAAGUCUUUGGCAAAAGGAAAAAAUGGCCAGAUAAGGCCUCAGAAGUUCAUCAAAGGAGGAUUGUCUUGUGGCUAUAAUCCCAAGAAUGUGAGUCCCGGACAACACAGGACAAAGAAUACAUUCAAUCCCCAAAAGAAUGGACACUUCACCGACAAACGCCCUGCUGCCAAAGGGCUGAAACAAACUGCAAAAUAUGAUCCUGUUUCUGUUGAAGAUGAUGAAAUGCAACUUGACUAUGAUUUCUGCCUCACGUCAAAGAAAAAUUCUACAUCUUUGAAUCAUCUAUUGAAUUUUACAUACACUUCUUUUCACCAUACUCGGCAUUCUUGGCAUUCAGGAAAACACACAGCCACGAGCAAAUGGAACCAAUUCAAUAAAGAACAAUUUAUACAGGCAAAUUGUCAGUUUGUGAUCAAGGAAGGUGGUGAUUAUGCUGUCAAUUGUGUAAAUCCUGAUGUCAUUGUUGAUUGGGAUCUCAUUAAACAAGUGCGUGUGCGAUGUCGAGAAAUGCCAUUUUGUCCAAUUUGUCUUUAUCCUCCAACUGCUGCACAAAUGACUAGAUGUGGACAUAUCUAUUGCUGGUCCUGUAUCUUGCAUUAUUUGUCUUUGAGUGGUAAAUCAUGGCGAAAAUGUCCAUUAUGUUACGAAGCUAUUCACAAGGAUAGUUUGACAAGUGUCAUGGCUGUUGCUGAUACCACACGUUUGGUAGGUGAAGAAAUCACGAUGUCAUUGAUGAAGAGAGCCAGAGACUCUGUGUUUGCCUUGCCUAAAGAAGAAUGGGUUGAACAUGCAUCAGUGCCUAAUCUAACAGCAGGUGGAGUUGAACUGCAAUUUUCCAAGCUGUUAGUGGCCUCGUCGUCAGUAAUCCUCAACCAGAUAAUGACGAAAGAUAAGCUUGAAUUGCAACAACAGUUAGUCGAAUGUCAAAAUGAGAAGUCUGGAGAGGAGGAAUAUGUGAAAUUGGCAAUCAAACAGUUCGAAGAAAAAGAGAAGACUUUGAUGGCUGAGUGUAAUACGGAUGUCAAAGAAAACGUUUUUGGUCGCACAAAGGAAGACAUGAAAGAAAUAUCGACUUUCCUUGAGGAAAACAGCGAUGCAACCAUGAACUCAAGUCUCGAGGCAAAAGGAAUUCUCCCGAAUGAUGGGGAACAUCAACAUGUUGGCAGCCGUGUUAGUCGUACGUCUGCGUCCUCGGAUGAUUCUUAUUGCUCUUCAAUACCCUCAGGAGAUACACAUUAUUAUUAUUUUUAUCAAGCUGAGGAUGGUCAAUAUAUUUUUCUUCAUCAAGUGAACGCUCGAUGUUUGAUUAAAGAGUACGGUUCUCUUGAAAAUUGCCCUUCAAAAAUAACUGGACGUAUUGUCGAAAUGGAGAGCCAUACACAAACAGAGGAGAUUCGUCGCCGCUUUCGUUAUCUUCGUCAUCUUCCUCUAACCUGUGAGUUUGUUAUCUGUGAAUUGGAACUUAAACCACCCAUUGUGUCUCUGAACACUCUAAACUUCUUCAAAAAUGACUUGCGGAAGUGUCGUUUACGACGGCUGAAGAAAGCAAAGGAAGAAGCAAAACAUGACAGCAAAUGUAAAUCCAGCAUGACGGAGUUUACUGGCAUAAAGAUUGAACAUAGUGAUAACGUUGAAACACCCGACUUGGAAAGCGAGAAAGAUUUCCCACAACAAUUUCAACAAGUUGAUACCAGCUGCAAUAUGUGGAUCGCAUCUUCACCACCUACACAUGGACCAUGGUCUUCAAAUCGAACAACUAACGACGAAGAAAACGAGACAGCAUCGAGCUCUUUUGCUAAGGUAUUGUCCAGUGGAAAGACAAAGACUCCCACGAGUUGUUCGUCCAAGUUGCAAACACAAUCCUGCGGUUCACGGUCGAGUGAAAACGAGAAGAAUUCUGAAGAAGAAAACGACGAAUACCAGUCAAUACCAUCAUUCCAAUCGUCAUUCACGAAUGCUCUCCUGUUAGGUGAACUCAACAUAAUGUCUGAUGAGGAAUCAUCGCCUCCCGUCAAUGGACGGAAACGUGGCAAAGGAAAGCGAAACAAGAAGAAGGAGAAACGUUUAUUGUUUAGCACCGAUAGUGCAAUGAAAUUAUAACUUUGUAAUGUAGCGUAUUGUCUUAAAGGUUAAACUAUUACUUACAUUAACUUGGGUGUCAUCAAUCAUCAGUCGUUUCUACUUACUACAAAGUGGACAGACAAUUGUGUGUGUAUAUCAUCAUGUGAUUUUCGCGUAUGGAAAUAUGUGGUGACAGUUGGACAUGAUCAUUGACUUCCUAAAAUGAGAAUUACUUAUUUCGAGUCUUCAGUAAACUUUUUACGUUUUUGAUAA